GGGCGCUGCCGCUCCCGCCCGCUGCCGCCGGCUCGGCCAUGGCGGAGCCCCGCGGCGCCCCGGUGGAGUUCGGCCGCCCCGCGCCGCUGCCGCAGACGGGCUGGGAGCGGCUCAGAGAGCUCUGGCGGCGAGACGAGCAGCAGCAGUACCCGGAGGAGACGCUGAACAUCGCCAAGUCGGCCUUCACGGCGGGCGUGGUGGGCUGGCUCUACGGGGGGCUGCCCGCCUUCAUCAGCGCCCGCAAGGCCUUCAUCGAGAGCAGCCGCGGCGAGAUCUUCCAGAACCGCGCCGAUGCCGUGCAAUCUGCACACCGUGCUGGUGUCCGGAGUUUCAUCCGCUACGGCUGGCGCUGGAGCUGGAGGGUCGCGGCUUUUGCCACCAUAUUCAACGUGGUGAGCACGGGCCUGGCUGCGUACCGCGAUAAAACCACCAUCAGUAACUUCGCUGCAGCAGGAGCCUUCACAGGAGCCCUGUUCAGAAUGCACUUGGGCCUGCAGGGCCUGGUGGGCGGCAUCAUGUUUGGAACAGCAUUUGGGGUUCCUGCAGGAGGCCUCCUGAUGGCAAUGUAUGGCUUGGCUGGUGAGACCCUGCAGGAGAAGAGGAGUCGUGAGCGCAAGGAGCUGUACGAGCAGAGGCUGGCAGAGUGGCAAUCCAGGCUCAGUAUGACUGAAAUCUUAGGCCAAACAGAAAACAAUGCCCAUGGAAGACCAGAGAUGGAGAGAGCAACAGAAUUGAAGAGCUACUGAGUCUUUUCCAGAUCUCUGUUGUAAGAAGCAUUUUGAUCCUGCUUGUAAAAGCCUUCAGUCAGGGGAUCAUGGAAGUUGUCUGUGAAUGCAGUUGUAUCCUGUGAAAAAGUGUUUUGCUGAAAACAUUGUUCAGGGAUGGAUAUCACUGCACAAAGAGCUUGGAAGGGCCAAACCUGUUCUACCUGAGAAGGUGGAAAUAGAGACUUUACAGACCAGGAAGUGUCAUCUAGGUUUGGCAGGAAGUGAGGGCUCUAAAGCCUCAACUAGAACUCAUUUCACUGCUGAAAAUGUCCAAACCACCAGUGAUGUAGAAAUACUCAAGGUAAAGAAGCCUAUGGAUAGGUCAUGUGCUAAAGGUGCCUUGAUUCCAAAAGUUAAUUAUGCCCUGGUGAAAGCUGCUCUUCAGGCAGUGCCUGAAGAACUUGGUUCCUUCAAAUACUUGGGGUAUUUGGCAGUCAGUGUGAAGGAGUGAGAAUUAUAUUGAAAUACCUUGAAAAAGGCAUGAUUUGGGUUCCUCAAUAGAAGCCUGAGGGGGCCACAGAAAGCAUGACUUAUUUCUGGUGGUGAUGGUGGAAGACUUGGCACUGUGAACACUUUUAAAAAUAAGAAGGCCUCUAAUUUCAUUUGCAAGUUGGAAAUGAGGGGGUGACCUUUGGGGGAAAUGUAGUUCAAGACACUCAAUAAAGCCAUCCAGCAGUGG